UACACACAUAUAUAUAUGUAUAUAUCUUAAUAUAUCAAUCAUUAUAUAAAUAUAUUUUUGUUUGUUUUUUUUCGCCAAACCCUCAACCUUAUCCCCCACCUCCGCCCCAAAGAUAUUACUGAUGAAUAGAUGAAAGAAAGAGGAAAAAGAAGUGAAAAAAAAAAAAUGAAAAUGGGCCUUAAAGUCGGAUAAAUGAAUGCAGAGUGUCUCAGUCGAGGGCCGUUGCAGAAGUUCUCGCUUUCCCCCCUCGCCUGUCUUUCGCUCUCAACUACUACGGAUAUUCAAACAGUUCUAACUGCAAACUAUUAUCAAUAAAAUAACUAAACAAAAUAAAUACCAACUCGGCUAAAAAUCGCAAGUGGCGCAGCCAGCUAUUUCUGUGAACGUAAAUUCCCAUAUCGUCGUUUAAUCGCCUUCCUGCCCUAUGCACUAUAUCAACAACAACAACAACUACACUUACUACCACAACAACAACAACAACAACAAUAACAAGAAAAAGUCAACCCAAAAGCAAUCAUUAAAAAGCAAAUACCAAGUAAAAGUUGAAAAUUGGAACAAAUGUUUUACAUGCCUACGGUUAAAUUGUAAAUAAAUUUGUAUAAAGAAAUUGAGAAUACCCGAAAAAAAAGAAAACUUACAAAUUAUAAUAACAAUAACAUUAUAUUAAAUAUAAUGAUAUAAUAAUUAGGCUUUUUUUUCCAAAAACAAACUCUUCGUCCGUUUUAUUCGUUCAUAUAAAAUGAUUAUGUAAUAAUAAUUCGAAAUCCCUUUAAAAAACACGGGUUCCGGGUAUCGAAAAUAGUCGUACUGAUCGACUAUCGACUAUCGCCGCAAUCGGAACCAUUAAUCGGUCAAAGAAUCAAUUUGACAGUAAUCCUUUCGGCCAGCAAAAUUUAGCUAGAAGACAAAAUAUACAAGAAGAGCAUUUUUUUUGCAUACAAAAUUGAAUGAGAAAAACAAGAAAUAAAUUUAGAAAAAAUAAAAGUAAAAAAAGUCAACAACAAGAAAAUACCAGGCAAGCGCAGAGACCCAACAAUAAUUAGCAUUAAAAAUUGGUUAACAAACGCAACACCCCAGAGAAGGCUUGAAGGGAAGAGGAUAAGUUGUACGCCCAUUGUGAUUAUUAAUUCUAGACAUUAGGCCAAGAAACCAAACCGAGGAAAAAAAAUACCAGAGAAUAUUGUGGAUGAAUACUGGAACAACAGCAGCCAAAAAUCGACCAAGAGCUAAGCAAGAGCGAGAGGAUAUCGCAACCCAAAAAGCAACAUUAGCCGCCCAAAGGAACUAGAAAGCAUUCUUAGCCGAGAAACUCUUAGUUCGAUUCCAUCCAAAACAAAAAUAAAAGGAAAAACCGAAAAGGGAAAGAGUAAAGGGAAUCCAUUGAUGCGGCUGAAAAAAAGAUCAAAAACAACGACAGCUCUCAGAUCUGUAAAUCCCAAACUAUAGGUUUCUCCUUCUUCGAAUCGCGAGUGCUUAACCGCUUCCGUUUCCGUUUCCGCGUCCGCGUCCUUUUUCGGUUUCGAGUUCAAGUUCGACAGCCGCCAGGAUGACGAUGUGGCAGAGCGGCGGCAUGGGAGGCCAUGGCUCCCAAAAUAAUCCAUGGAUGAAGCUGAUGGGCAUCGUGCACAAGGAGCGACGCCACACGGACAAUGUCCAGAGUCAGUCCGGUUCCAACGAGCGCAACCUUAACCAGUCUUUGCCCAAAUUGAGCAGUCAAGACGAAGAAGGGGGGGCUGGUCAUGGCUUUGGUGGCGGACCGCAACACUUUGAACCCAUUCCUCACGAUCAUGAUUUCUGCGAAAGAGUCGUUAUAAAUGUAAGCGGACUAAGGUUUGAGACCCAACUACGUACGCUAAAUCAAUUCCCGGAUACGCUGCUUGGGGAUCCAGCUCGGAGAUUACGGUACUUUGACCCGCUUAGAAAUGAAUAUUUUUUUGACCGUAGUCGACCGAGCUUCGAUGCGAUUUUAUACUAUUAUCAGAGUGGUGGCCGACUACGGAGACCGGUCAAUGUCCCUUUAGACGUAUUUAGUGAAGAAAUAAAAUUUUAUGAAUUAGGUGAUCAAGCAAUUAAUAAAUUCAGAGAGGAUGAAGGCUUUAUUAAAGAGGAAGAAAGACCAUUACCGGAUAAUGAGAAGCAGAGAAAAGUCUGGCUGCUCUUCGAGUAUCCAGAGAGUUCGCAAGCCGCCAGAGUUGUAGCCAUAAUUAGUGUAUUUGUUAUAUUGCUAUCAAUUGUUAUAUUUUGUCUAGAAACAUUACCCGAAUUUAAGCAUUACAAGGUGUUCAAUACAACAACAAAUGGCACAAAAAUCGAGGAAGACGAGGUGCCUGACAUCACAGAUCCUUUCUUCCUUAUAGAAACGUUAUGUAUUAUUUGGUUUACAUUUGAACUAACUGUCAGGUUCCUCGCAUGUCCGAACAAAUUAAAUUUCUGCAGGGAUGUCAUGAAUGUUAUCGACAUAAUCGCCAUCAUUCCGUACUUUAUAACACUAGCGACUGUCGUUGCCGAAGAGGAGGAUACGUUAAAUCUUCCAAAAGCGCCAGUCAGUCCACAGGACAAGUCAUCGAAUCAGGCUAUGUCCUUGGCAAUAUUACGAGUGAUACGAUUAGUUCGAGUAUUUCGAAUAUUUAAGUUAUCUAGGCAUUCGAAGGGUUUACAAAUAUUAGGACGAACUCUGAAAGCCUCAAUGCGGGAAUUAGGUUUACUUAUAUUUUUCUUAUUUAUAGGCGUCGUACUCUUCUCAUCGGCGGUUUAUUUUGCGGAAGCUGGAAGCGAAAAUUCCUUCUUCAAGUCCAUACCCGAUGCAUUUUGGUGGGCGGUCGUUACCAUGACCACCGUUGGAUAUGGUGACAUGACACCCGUCGGCGUUUGGGGCAAGAUUGUGGGAUCACUGUGUGCCAUUGCUGGUGUGCUGACCAUCGCACUCCCGGUGCCGGUCAUCGUCAGCAAUUUCAACUACUUCUAUCACCGCGAAACGGAUCAGGAGGAGAUGCAGAGCCAGAACUUUAAUCACGUUACUAGUUGUCCAUAUUUGCCAGGUACAUUAGGUCAACACAUGAAGAAAUCUUCGUUGUCCGAGUCCUCAUCGGAUAUGAUGGAUUUGGACGAUGGUGUCGAGUCCACGCCGGGAAUGACCGACACGCAUCCAGGACGCAGUACGGUGGCUCCAUUUUUGGGAGCACAGCAGCAGACGCAGCAGCAACCUGCAACAUCGAUGUCGAUGUCGCUGGACAAGCAGCUGCAGCAUCCACUGCAGCAGCUGACUCAGGCGCAACUGUACCAGCAGCAGCAGCAGCAGCAGCAGAAUGGCUUCAAGCAGCAGCAGCUGCAGCAACAACAGUCCAACACAACAACAAUAAGCGCUAGCGCAAGUGCGAGUGCAACGGCGGCAACGGGCAGCGGCAGUGGCACCAGCGGCCUCACCAUGAGGCACAAUAAUGCCCUGGCCGUUAGUAUCGAGACCGACGUUUGACUACUGGUGCAAAAGACGUUACGUGGUAUAAAUUUGGCCUUGACAGGAGUUACGUUGGAUGCCAGAAACGACUACAAAAGCUGUUUAUAUUUAAUUU